ACACCGGUAGUUCCGUUUCCGGCAGCACCAGAUAAGUCGCGAGAGGAAGCUUAGAUCCUGUCGUUUGCGUUUAGGACCACUUUCGUUUCAUGAUGGUCCGUAGUGGAAAAAAUGGUGACCUUCAUCUUAAACAGAUUGCAUAUUAUAAACGAACUGGUGAAUAUCAUCCAACUACACUACCAAGUGAAAGAAGUGGCAUAAGAAGAGCAGCAAAAAAAUUUAUCUUCAAAGAAAAAAAGCUGUUUUAUGUUGGAAAAGACAGAAAACAAAAUCGUUUGGUAAUUGUUUCAGAAGAAGAAAAAAAGAAAGUCUUAAGAGAAUGCCAUGAAAAUGACACUGGAGCUCAUCAUGGCAUAUCCAGGACCCUUACUCUAGUGGAAUCCAAUUAUUACUGGACUUCUGUGACCAAUGAUGUCAAACAGUGGGUAUAUGCUUGUCAGCAUUGCCAAGUGGCAAAAAAUACAGUUAUUCUAGCACCUAAACAGCACCUUCUCAAGGUGGAGAAUCCAUGGAGUAUAGUUACUGUUGAUCUGAUGGGCCCAUUUCAUGCAAGCAACAGAAGUAAUGUUUAUACUAUAAUCAUGACAGAUUUGUUCACAAAAUGGGUUGUGAUUUUGCCUCUCUGUGAUGUUUCAGCAUCAGAAAUUUCUAAAGCUAUUAUCAAUAUAUUUUUCUUAUAUGGACCACCUCAGAAAAUAAUAAUGGACCAAAGAGAAGAGUUCAUUCAUGAGAUCAAUGUUGAACUGUGUGGAUUGUUUGGCACAAAGCAAAUUGUAAUUUCUCAUACCUCCCAAACUGUUAAUCCAACUGAAAGUACACCUAGCACAAUCAAAGCAUUUCUUUCUAAACACUGUGCUGACCACCCAAACAACUGGGAUGAUCACCUAUCAGCCAUUUCAUUUGCCUUCAAUGUAACUCACUUGGAGCCUUCUAAAAAUACACCAUAUUUUCAAAUGUUUAAUCGCAAUCCUUAUAUGCCUGAGACUUCAGAUGUUCUUCAUGAGGUGGAUGGUGAUGAUACAAGUAUGUUUGCCAAAAUUUUAGGUGCAAUUAAAGAAGCUGAUAAAAUAAUGGAGAAUAAGACAACUUCAGCAGGACAGAUGGAGAACAACAAUCCUGAUGAACUGAAUAAAAGCAAAAUCAUUGUUAAAAAGAAAGCAAAGCAAUUAAAUCCAUUUCAUUUAAAAGUGGGUCAUGAAGUUUUAAGACAAAGGAAAAAUUGGUGGAAGGACGGUCGUUUCCAGUCUGAAUGGGUUGGACCUUGUGUCAUAGACUAUAUUACAGAAAGUGGAUGUGCUAUUCUGAGAGACAACACUGGGACUCGACUUAAAAGACCUAUCAAAAUGUCCCACCUUAAGCCCUAUGUAAGAGAGUCCAGUGAACAAGACAGUCUUUAUCUCUUACAAGGUUCAGUAGUGGCAGAUCAUGACUACAUUGGAUUGCCUGAAAUUCCAGUUGGAGCAUACCAAGCAAAUAUUCUGGUAGAAGAUGCAGCUAUUGGCGUAGUCGAUAAUGAAUUACUAACAUCAAGCAAAGAUCGUGAACUAUUAGAAUUUAGAAAUGCCAAAAUCUCUCCAUUGAUAGAAGAUCAUAGUACUCUUGAAAAGCAGACUUUCAGUCUGUUGGACUCUUCAAACCAAGUCCUUGAGUACUUAAGUUAGUAAAUACCAAAAUUCAUGUAAAGUGCUUGGUUAGAAAGUGUAACUCCUUGAAUCUUUAUCUUUUCCAUUUAAAAAAAAGUUGUAUAGAAGUGUCUUAACACGCUCUGAAUGACUAAAUCCUGAAGGUUUAUUUUAUAACUAUUAAUUUAUCUAAACUUGUGUCAUGUUUGAACGUCAGUACAUAUAUGUAAAGACAAAGGAAGCAUAUAAUAUAUGGAAUUCACUUUUUCUUAUGAAAAUAGACUAGGCAAAGCAUGAUUGCUUCUUAGGAAGGAAACUAAAUUCCAGCUCAAGACUAUCAGAUCUUUCUCUGGUAUUGGUACCAUGUUUUCAGUUUAAUUUGGGGGGGGAAUAUUUCUCCCCUUUAAAAAAUAAGUUUGAACUGCCUAGAAUGGGAUUAAUAAAUAUUUAUUCAACUAUAACAAUGAAUUAAGUGAAACUUGUUUGUGUCAUUGGAACUUUUAAAAAUACUAUUGUAGGAAAGAAUUUAGAGUUGUUUAAUGGGCUCUUAUAGGACAUUGAUAAUUUCACCUUCUAGGCUCAGAAUUCGUAUCUGAAUCUAUAUAUUGGUUUGAAAACAUUUGUGCAUUUCCAUAACAUAUAUUAAAGUCAAAAGUACCUAUUAAUAAAAUUUUUUUCUGUAGUCGAGUAAAUACUAAUGAUAAAAUAAGUACUAUCAGAGAUUUUAAACUAUAAGCUCUAUGAUAUUUAUAACUUUAUUCAACAAAUAUUUGUUAUAAAGCACUUUGAUACUGUGGGAAAGUUAAAGGAUGAGUUAGAUGUGUGUCUUAUCUUCAUAAGGGGCUUACAGUCUGGUAAGGAUUAUAGACCAUAUAAGCCAUGUAUAACAAGUUACAAAUUACACGCUAAAUUCCAUUAGAGAAAUACAAAUAAUAUACCUAGGGAGUCAAAAAAAAGAGACGUUACUUCUAAAUAGGAAACUUAGAUUUAUGCUUAAAAGGAUCAUUUGAGUUUGACCUUGAAGAUGCACAGGAUGUGAUGAGAGAGUACAAAAGAAUUAGAGGAAGAAAAAUGAACAGAAACAGAAAAAUACUGUAGUGAUUCACAGAAAGCUUUUUGUUGUCUGCAGUGCCUCAGGUGUAAGGUGAAGUAGUAAGGUAUGGGAAAAUAAAGCUGAAAAGGGAAGCAGGAAACCUUGUGGAGGACUUUGAAUACUGUUAUGGAUUGAAUUGUGCACCUCCAGAUUCCUGUGUUGAAGUCCUAAACUAGUACUUCAUAAUGUAACUUCAUUUGGAAGUAAGGUUAUUACAGAUGUAAACAUUAGUUAAGAUGAGGUUAUAUUGGAGUAGAAUGGGGUCCUAAUCUAAUAUGACAUGUCCUUAUAAAAGGAAGAAAUUUGGACAUAGACUCAAGGACAAUACCAUGUGAAGAGGAAGGCAGGGAUUGGGGUUAUUCUUCUACAAGCCAAGGAAUGCCAAAGAUUACCAUCAAACCACCUGGAACUAAGGAAGAGGCAUAGAACGGAUUCUUCCUACAGCCUUCAGAAGGAAUCAUCCCUUGUCAACAUCUUCAUCUCAGAUUUGUAGCUCCCAGAACUGUGAGGCAAUAAAUAACCUUUUUUAUAAGCAA